AUGAGUACCUUAGACCAGUCAUUCGUCACAAACAGUUCCUGGAAACCAGACCUCUUCAAGGGUAAGGUUGUCUUCGUCACCGGCGGAGCAGGCACCAUUUGCAGGGUCCAGACCGAGGCAUUGGUGUUAUUGGGGGCCAACGCUGCCAUCUUGGGCCGUAACCCAGAAAAGACCGUCAAGGCCGCCAAAGAAAUCGAGGCGUUGCGUCCAGGCGCCAAGGUCAUUGGCUUGGGCAACGUGGACGUGCGUGACGUCAACUCGUUGGUCAAGGCCGCGGAAGCCACCGUCAAUGAGUUGGGCAGAAUCGACUUCGUGAUUGCGGGUGCUGCAGGAAACUUCUUGAGCGACUUCAACCACUUGUCAUCCAAUGCGUUCAAGUCGGUGAUAUCCAUCGACUUGUUGGGUUCCUACAACACCGUCAAGGCCACCUUCGACCAGUUGCGCAAGAACAAGGGUGCCAUCCUUUUCGUCAGUGCCACCCUCCACUACUACGGGGUUCCUUUCCAAUUGCACGUCGGAGCUGCCAAGGCAGGUGUGGAUGCGUUGUCCAACGCCUUGGCUGUCGAACUCGGUCCCUUGGGCAUCAGAUCCAACUGUAUUGCUCCUGGUAUGAUUGGCGGCACCGAGGGCUUCUCCAGAUUGGCUCCCCCAGGUGGAGUGCCAUUGGAAAACAAGAUUCCUUUGCAAAGAUUGGGUAGCACCAGAGACAUUGCUGAGGCUACCGUGUACUUAUUCUCACCCGCUGCUUCUUACGUUUCGGGAGAAAUCCACGUCGUGGACGGUGCUGCUUGGCACAUCGGCGGUUUUAUGGGCGACUUGUACCCUAGUAUCAUCAAGGACCUGAACGCCGACCCCAACUCCAAGUUGUGA